AUGGAGGAGGACGCGGAGCUGGUGGAGCUGGAGACGGCACCCGAGGCCGGGGUGACGGGCGUCACCGUGGCCCGUGACCGCCACGGCCUCUACAUCGCCAAGGCGCCCAAAUCCCUGCACAUCCACCAAGGUGACCAGCUCCUCAGCGCCAGGGUUUUCUUCAAGGGGGCCCCCCCUGAGGACAUCGCACGGGUUCUGGAGAGUGCCAGGUCCUGCAAGGUCUCGCUCUGCCUCCGACGUCGGACACCUGGCACCCGCAUCCCCCUUGGCAGCACCAGCACCGGCAGCGAGGGACAUCAGGGGAAGGUGGCCAGGACUGCCUCCAACAAAUUGGCCUCUGUGAAGGCAGGUUUAUGUGACGCGGCAGAUGAAAAUCCAACGAUCCCAGUAAAACGCCGCCGGGUGACAGCAGAAAUGGAAGGGAAAUACAUCAUUAACAUGCCCAAGGGCACCACGCCGAGGACAAAGAAAAUCCUGGAGCAGCAAGCGGCCAAAGGUCUGCAGAGGACGUCCGUCUUUGACCGGCUGGGAGCUGAGGCAAAAGCGGAUGCGACCACAGGAGGCAAGCCCACAGGGGUCUUCAGCAGACUGGGUGACACCUUGGGGACCGAUGGGGACAAAGCCACCGAGAGUGACGACGACUGCUCUGUUCUCCAGUACGCCGGCGUCCUAAAAAAACUCACCAAACCUCCCCGUAAGGAAAGCACUGAGCUGGGAGGGACCAUCAAGGCGAAAGCCACCAGUUCAGAAGCCAAACCAGUCACUGUCACUGCCGCCAUCCAGCAGCUUGGUCAUAGGAAUGCCACUGGUAUCCGUAUGGUGGCGAAACCACAACCGGUGGCAUCCAAAAUCAGCGGCAUCAGUAUUGCUGCGGUGUCAGUCAAAGCCCAGGAUGGCAAUGUCACCAGCACAAAGGAUAAAAGCAAACCCGAAAUUCGGGUGACGAUCAAAAGGACCUGGGGGUGCGGGAAGGUGAGCAGCACCAGCGAGACCCCCGGUGCUCAGAUGGACAGCGCUGGCACCGUUAGCGUCUUUAAACGGCUGGGGAAGAAACCGGAUUGAUCCCGCGAUGCUUCUUCCUGCACGGUUUUCUGCUUGUCUGCUUCCCUCCUGAUGGUCACCCGCUGUCCACCAUCCCAGUUAUUCACCCUCAAGAACCGGCAGAGUCUCAUCCUGCCUUCCUCCUUGCCUAUCCCACGGGGAAACAACGCUAAUCCCACAGGGAGAUGCUUAAUCCCAUGGGGAAAGGCUUAAUUCCAUAGGGAAACACUAAUCCCAUGGGAAAACAGGAGAGAAGAGGGGGAAAAGCCCUUCCUGCCAGAUUUCCUGCCUGCUGGGCAUCCCUGCCUGCCCUGGCCCACAAAGCCGGUGGGUGCGAGGCCAAAUCGUUGCUCUCCAUCUCCUACCAGCAUCAAAACCUCUUCCCCGCUGCCCCCACCCCCCCCCCCAUUUUUCCCUUCUCUGCAGGUUCUUUCCUGUAUUUAGGAGUUCGGACCUGGAGAACUCCAUAGAGAGAGGGUUUUUUCCCUAUUUUUUCUGUUUUUUUCCUCUGGAGGGUUUUUUUUUUCCUGUAUUUAGGAAUUUGCACCAAAGCAACUCUGUAAAUAGUCAUUACAGAGUGGCAGCUUGCUGUGGGGAUCCUUAAUUUUUAAGGAUUUCAGAGCAGCCUCCAAAAAAAAGAAAAAAAAAACCAAAAAACAAAAGCUUAAAAAAAACUCGUUGGGGGCUCAAAAAAUCCCCAAAUUGCCUUGAUUUAAGCAACACCUUCAAUCCGCCUCUUGCUGUUUUAGGCUCAAGCUCAUCCCAAUGUGAAACCUAAAAUGGACACUGUGGGGGUCUACAGAAAUUAUUUAUUUCCCCCAAAAUUUAUUUUCAACAGCGUCUCCGGGAGCAUCUUCACCCUGCAUCUGUCCAGCGUUGCUGCAAACCCUGAAAAGACAUUUUUUUCUCCCCAAAAUAAAGACAAUGGGGGUGGAGGCAGCUGCGUGGUGAGUCAGGGCCAUAACAGUGAGUCUUUUUAAUAAGAAAAACGACUAAUUUCUUUAUUUUACCCUAUUUUGGGAGGUUUUAUUUGCGCUUCGGGCGUUGUUUGGUGUGUGAAAAUGAGUGGGUUUUCCCAGUUUUUGGCUUUCUACAUCACCCGCCAGCCCGCGGGGGAGCUUUUUGCAAUAAAGCGUGGAAACAGC